AUGUCAUUUGUCAAUAUCAUAUGUCCGAAUUGAAAUCGGCAAUUUUUGUACUAAAAUAUGAAAUAAAAUUGAUUUUAUGUUACAACGAGCACGAAAAAAUAUUACAUUAUGGCAUCGUUUCUACGCAGUAAUAUUGUUACACGAUAUUUAAAACGGCCGUUUUUGCAAAACAAACGCAAUUCCGGAUAUGUUGUAUUAAUUCCUGAAAUUGGUGAAGAUGUGGAUAAAAAUGUUCUACUUACUGAAAAUGGUUUACCUGAAUUCAAUGAUAUAACUAUUGAGAAAUGUAUUGCCGCCAUCAGCCAACUCAGCUUGGAAUAUGAGAGCGGAGUACAGCAUAUUGAAGAGUCUUGUAACGAUUGCAAAAAUGCAUUCAGUGAAAUCUUUCAACCUUUAGAGAAACUUGACAAUGAACUAGAAUUGACAUGGGGCGUAGCCAAAACCUUAUAUUUGGGUAACAGUUCGCUUAUGCCCACAAAAUCCUAUAUACAAAUUCACCAAAGAGCUCAUAAAGCAAGAUCAGCAAAGUUUAACAGCAUACCUAUUUAUAAUGCUGCAAUUAAUGAGAAGAACCGUCUUAAAAAGUUAACUGAUGAAGAGCAGAGGUUGUUAGAUAAGUAUAUUCUAGAAGGUAAACUAAACGGACUAGAUAUUAAAGGCUUGAAACGUGAAAAGUUAGACAAUAUUAUAAACUUAUUGCAAAAAGAAAGACAGUUAUUCCGUGAUAAAGUUAGCGUUGCUACCAAAGUCUUCAGUAGUUUUAUCAAUGAUGAACAAUUGGCUAAAGAAUUCCCAGAAAGCCUGGCAAAAUUAAUGUCAGUGAAUAACAAUGCAAGCAAAGGUCCGUGGAAGAUAUCUUUGCAGCCACAUAUUUAUGAACCAUUUAUGGAGUACUGUCCUGACCCGACAUUGCGAUGGAAUGCAUGGCAGGCUCAUGUCCAACGUUGCUCUGGUUAUGGUAAUAAAGAUUUCGAAACUAGUACCAAUGUACAGAAAAUACGUGGCUAUCGUUCAGACCAGGCUAAGAUGUUAGGAUACGACACAUACGCGGAUAUGAGCAUGGAAACUAAAAUGGCUGGUUCUGUCGAAAAUGUUUACAACUGUUUAGAUGUGUUGCUCGAAAGCGCGCGUCCGAUGCAAGAUAUUGAACUUGAAUCGUUACAAAACUUUGCAAACGAAAGAGGUUUCGAUAAGAAAUUGGAGCAUUGGGAUAUUCCAUACUGGCAGAGAAAGCAGAAAUGGUCUUUAUACAAUUUUGAUGAGAACAAAAUACGCGAAUACUUCCCUCUGCCUAGGGUUAUCACCAGCUUGUUUAACUUGUGCAGCACAUUAUUUAAAAUACAAAUAGUCGAACGAUCAAAUGUGCACACGUGGCAUAAGGAUGUUAAAUUUUACGACAUUUAUGAUGAUUCCAGUAACAGUCCCAUCGCCGGGCUGUACUUAGAUCCAUAUGCACGGCAGGAUGAAAAGAUUCGCGUAUACGAUGACGCUGGUUGGCAUGUUUCGAUCCGCAAUAAAUGUGCUCUGACAUCAACAAAUCCUUUAUCAGCCUUAAUAUUCAAUUUCCAAGCACCGAGUGAUAAGCAGCAAUCUCUAUUGACCUUUAAGGAGGUUGGAGUUUUGUUCCAAAGGUUUGGGCAUUCGUUACGUCAUUUGCUAACGAAAGCCAACUAUUCCGAAGUCGCAGGAUUGUCUAAUGUAGAAUGGGAUGCGGCAGAAGUGUGCGGACAUGUGAUGACGCAUUGGCUCUAUGACCCGCAUACGAUUCGAGCUAUCAGUGGACACUACCACACUGAAGAACCACUACCCGAUGAAUUAAUACAGAAUUUACAGAAAGUCAGAAGUCACAUGACUGGAUACAAUUUAUGCAAAGAAUUGUACAAGUCUCGGUUAGAUUUAGACCUACAUUCAAAGACUACAUUCUGGCGUGACUUGGUAAGAGAAUUAUGGCCGAAAUACAAUGCAAUGCCAUUCGAUAAAUAUGAUUCCCAUGUUCUAUCAUUCACGAGUAUAUUUUCGGAAGAGUGGGGAGCCGCGUAUUAUUGCCAUUUGUGGUCGAAAAUGAUUGCCGCGGAUAUUUAUAGCGCCUUUGAGGAAGCAAGAGAGGGUGACCAAGAUGUUUUAGCCAUUGGAAAGAGGUACAAAGAUAGUUUCCUCUCUGUAGGUGGCAGCUGUCAUCCGAGCGAAGUAUUUAGAAGGUUCCGUGGAAGAGAUCCUUCACCACAAGCUCUACUAAACAACCUUGGGUUAUCUACAAAGACAGCAAAAAUAACUGAAGAGAAGUAAUAUUGUACGCAUUGUAAUAUAUUUUCUAUUAACUGUUACAAUUUAUUUAUGUUAACAACAAAACUAGAAAUAAAACUCUUGAUUUAGUGUUAGAUUU